AUUCGCUUACUACUUAUACUGGUGUCGCGUGAGACAGCAGGAAGAGAACCGAGCAAGCGAGCACGAUGAAGUCGCCGCCCGGAACGACGAUGAUGGCGGCGCUGGUGCACGUGCUGGUCGCCUUCAGCGCCGCCUCCUCGGCGACCGCCGCCGCUGGCGACCAGCCGCUGUCGAAAAUCGGCAUCCACCGGACCACCUUCGAGAUCCACCCGGGCGCCUUCGUCGACGUGCCGCCGCUCCUCCUGGGCCUGCAGGGGCAGGACCAAGAAUGGGUGACCAUCGGAUACAGCAACCCCAAACCGUCCAAGGAUGACUGGAUCGGGGUCUUUUCUCCUGCUAAUUUCAGUGAUUCCAUUUGCACAGCAGACAACCAAUGGGUCGAGCCCCCUCUUUUAUGCACGGCUCCUAUUAAGUUCCAGUAUGCAAACUACACCAGCACCGACUACGCCAAGACGGGAAAGGGUUCCUUGAGGCUUCAGCUAAUUAACCAGAGGAGUGAUUUCUCAUUUGCAUUGUUUUCCGGAGGCCUCUCAAAUCCGAAGCUUAUCGCUCGUUCAGAUAGCAUAACUUUUGUAAACCCGAAGGCUCCAGUGUACCCACGCCUAGCGCAAGGAAAAUCCUGGAAUGAAAUGACAGUUACAUGGACAAGUGGAUAUAGUACAAAGGAGGCUACAGCAUUUGUGGAAUGGGGUGUACAAGGACAAAUCCAAAUCCUUUCUCCUGCAGUCACCCUAACUUUUAGUCGCAACACUAUGUGUGGCCCUCCUGCUAGGACAGUUGGAUGGCGCGAUCCUGGUUUUAUACAUACAGGUUUCCUCAAGGACUUGUGGCCUAAUCUCAAGUACACGUACAGAAUUGGCCAUCGGCUAUUUACUGGUCAAAUUGUUUGGGGGCACCAGUAUAGCUUCAAAGCUUCUCCUUAUCCUGGGGAAGACUCUUUGCAGCGUGUUGUCGUUUUUGGAGAUAUGGGCAAGGCUGAGAUUGAUGGCUCAAAUGAGUACAAUGACUUCGAGCGUGGUUCAAUAAACACAACUUACCAGCUGGUUAAGGACUUGAAGAAUAUCGAUAUGGUGAUGAAUAUAGGAGACAUGUGCUAUGCCAACGGUUAUCUUUCACAGUGGGAUCAGUUCACUGCACAGGUUGAACCCAUCGCCUCUACUGUACCUUACAUGGUUGCAAGCGGUAACCACGAAAGAGAUUGGCCGGGAUCAGGAUCCUUCUAUGGGAAUAUAGACUCGGGCGGUGAAUGUGGUGUACCAGCUCAGAACAUGUUCUAUGUUCCAGCAGAGAACCGUGAGCAGUUCUGGUACUCAACAGACUACGGGAUGUUCCGUUUCUGUGUGGCCAACACUGAGCUGGACUGGCGGCCGGGCACCGAGCAGUACAAGUUCAUCGAGCACUGCUUCUCCUCCGUGGACAGGCAGAAGCAGCCGUGGCUCAUCUUCCUCGCGCACCGCGUCCUCGGCUACUCGUCGGCCACCUUCUACGGUGAGGAAGGGACAACGGAGGAGCCCAUGGGCAGGGAGAGCCUCCAGCUCCUCUGGCAGAAGUACAGGGUCGACAUCGCCAUGUACGGCCAUGUCCACGGCUACGAACGAACUUGCCCAGUAUACGAGAACGUGUGCGUAGCGAAGGCGUCGGACAGGUAUAGCGGCGCGUUCACAGCGACGACGCACGUGGUGGUGGGCGGCGGCGGGGCGAGCCUGGCGGAGUACACGGCGGGGCCGAGGGCGCGGUGGAGCCACGCGCAGGACCUGGACUACGGGUUCGCCAAGCUCACGGCGUUCAACCACACGACGCUGCUCAUGGAGUACAAGAAGAGCAGGGACGGCAGCGUGCACGACAGCUUCACCAUCUCACGCGACUACCGCGACGUCCUCGCAUGCGGGGUUGACAACUGCCCCAGCACCACCAUGGCGUCUUGACUUUUGAGUUCCUACCUCCAAGUCGAUUUGCUUCUGCUGGAUAGAUAAAAAAUUAACUUUGGAUAGAUAUGUUCAUUGUUCAUCGAGUGACAGGAAUCCACGCGAGUUUAUUUUAAAUUGAGUACCGUGGCAUAAAAAAGGAAAACCAUCAGCGUCCCACGGUUUUGAAACAGCAUCUAGGUUCCUGUAAGAAUUGAGACAACUUGUGAUUUCACAUUUUCACUAGCAAUCAUGCCCGCCUACGGGCCUCCUAGCGAG